AUGACAGCCGCCACCCGACGCGCCACAGCGCCCGCGCCCCGCACGGAUCAGACUGAACAGGACGCAUUGACUCGAGCGUUCCCACGCCGAGCUACGGCUCCGAGCACCUUCGAGUCGAGCGGACACCGGCGGAGGUACACGCUGUUCCAGACGCAGUCCACACGGAUACCAUUGCAGCUGACGGCUACAUCGCCCUCCCGGAUGGCACUGGAGCCAGGUACGGUCGAGGGCUUUCGGCAUUUGGCCCAUAGCAUCGUGUCGAGGACACUGGCGGUCGAGUGCGAGUACGCCCGACGCGGGCGACCGGAGCAAGCGGAAAGCGACUGGAAGCUGCACAAGAAGCACAACCACCUGGUUGUCUACAAGCGCCGAAGAGUCCAACGGGUGGCUCCUUUGGACCAGCCUCGAGGGGCGGCAACGUCGUCGUCGCUCGAGAAACCGCCGACCGUCCUCUGCGUCGGGUCGGUCGAAGGCACGAUCGAAGACAUUCUCUACGGCGUCCACGCCAAGACGCGGCGGGAGGUGGGGGCGACCAUGGCGUUCCUCGGUCGGACCCCUCUCGACUGCGACGUGCUGGCGGUCCUCGAACGCGGCACCGACGCGGACCCGUUCCGUCACCUGUCGGUCAAGUACCUGCUCACGGCCAUCUGCGGCGACACGCGCGUCGUGAACAAUCGCGACGUCUGUGCGCUCGAGUCCAUGGGCGUCGGCCACGACGCGCAAGGUGAGCGCUAUGGCUACUACCUCCUUCGGAGCAUCAGCGUGCCCGAGUGCUCGCCGCUACCUGAAGACAGCGGCGUCGUGCGCGCAAGUGUCACCAUGUGCUGCAUCUACCGACAAGGCCCAGGCACUACUGUCCACGUGUACAGCAAAGCCAUGACCGACCUCGGCGGGGCGCUCCCCGGGUUCAUCGCGUACGACGCCGCCGCCGACCUCCUGCUGUCGAACGCCGAGGCCGUGAACAGUGCGACAGCGAAACGCCUCACGGCUCUAGCGCUUCGGCACGCGCGGUUCCGACCGUCCAAGGCGGAAGAGGCCGAGGACCUUACGGCUUCGUCGACCUCAGAGCUGCCGUCGAACGCAUCGCCAUGCGCGAAACCGUUUGACAUGCAGAGCCCCACGAGUCCGUCGUCCACGGCGCCGACCGUCGUAAGCGACGCACACGCGACAGCGGCGCACAAGCCACUGGUCCAGCCCUGCAGCGUCUGUGGCAAGAAGCCAAUGAUGGCGAGGCUCGUGCACUCGAGCCAGCGCACCUGUGGCGUGUGCGACCACUACGUCUGCAGCAAGUGCAGCGUCAAGCAGAUCUUGUACGCUCGGCUGGAACCCGUGGCCGUCGCUUGCUGCAAAGCCUGUCUUCUUGCAGCCAAGCAACUGGUAGUGGACCCCCGCGACCCGUUCCCCAUGGUCGGGUAUCAAACACGCUAG